AUGUCGCAAGCAGCGCGGUCCUUGUCGUUCCCCAAACGACACAGAGUCUUCAUUCUAUCCGACAUUUCAAACGAACCCGACGAUGCGGAAUCGCUAGUCCGAUACCUGUUAUACUCGAACCAAUUCGAGACCGAGGGCCUCGGCGCCGUGACCUCGAACUGGAUGAAGACCAAGGUGUGCCCGCAGGACAUGCACAAGAUCAUUGACGCCUACGCUGGUGCCGUCGACAACCUCAACGCGCAUGUGUCCGCCGAUGCCCAGUAUGCGUCGGCGGACAGCCUGCGGGCGCUGAUCCGCAGCGGCGCCAGCGUCUACGGCAUGGCGGCCGUGGGUGACAAUGUCCCUCUGAGCGACGCAGGGAAGUUGCUCUUGGAGCGCAUACUAAUCGCCGACGAGCGCCCGCUGUGGGUCUUGUGCUGGGGCGGCACCAAUGUCCUCGCCCAAGUCCUCUACAAGAUUCGAAAGGACUUUUCGGCGGAAGAGGCCGAGGGCUUGUAUGCGAGAUUACGAGUGUAUGCCAUCUCUGAUCAAGACGAUACCGGAGCUUGGAUACGCAAUAACUUUCCCUCCGUGUUUUACAUUGUGUCUUUGCACGGCUGGAACCAGUAUGGACUGGCUGCUUGGACUGGCAUUUCGGGCGACAAGUUUUAUGGGUUUGACAAGGGCGGCCCGGAUUUCUCCAAGAUGACCAAGGAAUGGGUAAAAGAAAACAUUCAGAUUGGACCUCUUGGGUCGGCGUAUCCCGAUUACAUGUUUAUCCCAGAGGGUGACACACCCACUUUUCUGUAUCUGAUCCAGAAUGGCCUUGGAGUGCCGGAGCGCCCCGACUAUGGUUCGUGGGGCGGGCGGUAUGCUCUUCACGACAUAAGCGGAAGCGGUCUCUGCGGUAAAAGCCACCACGACGCGGCCGAUGAAGUUGUCGGGCUCGACGGUCGAACAUAUAGGUCAAAUCAGGCCACGAUAUGGCGCUGGAGGGACACAUUCCAAAACGACUUUGCUGCGCGCAUGCAAUGGACCUUGUCUGGGGACUUCAAGUCGGCAAAUCACCACCCCGUCAUCUCUGUCAAUGGGAGCCAAAGCCUCGAACCCCUCCUGGUGGAGUGCGAGGCCGGCGAGUCCUUUACUCUGGACGCCUCCCAGACCUACGAUCCCGACGAGGGCGACAAGCUGACGUUCAAGUGGUGGCAUUACCGAGAGCCCACAGCCACGCAGUGGUGGACCUCGGCCGAGGUGGACGAGCUCAAGGUUACGAACUUGAACGACGAGGGCAGUCGGGUUCAAGUCGAGCUACCGCCUCCCGAAAAGUGCGCAGUCGAGCUGAUGAGUAGGCAGGCUGUCGAAAAGGGGCAGCUGAUGCACCUGAUUCUGGAAGUUACAGACAAUGGCAAGAUUCCCUUGACGAGCUACCGGCGCAUCCUGGCGCAGUGCACGAAUAAGGAUCUCAAGGGUUCGGGAAAGCCAAUAGAUGCCGCUGGCGAUACAGGCAUCUCAUUCGCGUGA